AUUCGGCAUUUGGUGUGACUUGUCAGCAUCGUUCGUGAAUAGUUUAGGUCAAACAUGGCAAGAUUGGUUCAAAUUGUUCUCACCGUUUGCUUCGUGCAGGUAUCGUUAGCACGCGUUACCCCUCCAGCCGCAGCGGAAGAUUUUUUCAAAAAUAUCGCCGAUUUCGGAAACCAUGUUCAAAAGGCUCUCACCGAUACUCAAGAAAGUGUCGUCAAGUCGCUCGGGUUUCAAUCCAAUAAGGAUGUGGUGGAAACUUUGCAGAACAACACCCAUAAAUAUGUGGAACAGCUCAAGGCCGUGCACACGACGCUCCAAAAGCACGCUGAAAAACAUUCGAAACAAAUUGAACCAGUGGUCAAAAAUCUGAAUGCUAAAUUGGCUGAAACCACGCAAAAGUUAAGCGAACGAAAUCCGGCACUGGUUCAGAAGGCCAAGGAGUACCAGGAGUCUGUUCAGAACAGUAUUCAGUCGUUGGUGACGGAAGCCCAAAAGGCUGGCGAGCGCUUGAAAGAGGAAAGCCGCGGUGCUACCGAUGAAUUGCAGACCGCCCUGAAGCAAUUGUUCGAUCUGACCGUACAAAAUCUGCAGCAGACAGCAAGCGAGCUAGAAUCCAAGAAAACGAAAACGGUCUAAGAUUAGUUUGGGUGUACUAUUGCUGCACUAGCAUAGAACUGAUUGUGAUGGACAA